AUGACGGACUUUCGACUGCCCGUCCACCAAGGCCCUCCUCCACGGAAGCCAGUGCCUGGAACGGUGAAACCACACGCUAAGCAGCCCUACGAUACUCCACGGACUCAACUUGCUCUCCAUUCAGCCGGCGCCCCCACCGCGCACAGCCGGACCCGCACCACCUCCUCCAACGUGCUGCCCUAUUCUACCGGUUCCCAGCAGUACACGACCGCAACGGCUGCACCGCCGCUUCCACAGACGAUGGCUCCUCCGAUUAAUUACCCACCUGGCCGACGCCUGUCCAACACGACGACAUCCACCGCCUCCACCGGCAACAACCAAAUGCCACAGGCAGGACCUGGAGGCUCGGACAUUCGGCGCAGCAUCUCGUCUCGCUCAGGCAACUCGCAGGUAGGGUACGUGGCUCUUAUGCGGCGACAGAAGGCGACUGUGUGGUGCGACCGGGCGCAGCCUGAAGAUCCGCGCGUGCGAGAACAGACGCUACGGGACAAGAAGCGAGCGUACCUAGAGGUUCAUGGCGCGGGCGCCGGGCGGACAGGGACGUUGGCCAGCGGUAAGAUUCGUCAUGGACCCAAGGGUACGAAGGAGUUUUCGCCGUCGAAUCUGGUGGGCGCGAAGGUGCCGGUGCGAUUGAGCGCCAAUGAAGUCGGAGACGCCGAGGACGAAGCGCACAGUAAUGAAGGUGCAAGGCACCGCCGGACUGGCAGCGGCCGCAGCUCCCUGGGUAGCCAGCGGUACCCCAGCGGAUACUCACGAGCACAAGGCACGAUGGGCAGCAACAGCACGCCUCCCAAUGAGAAGACGGAACUUCCCGACGUGUCAGAGAAUACACCCGCUGAGAUCCAGGCUGAGGAGAAGAGUCAAGUGUCGUCUCUAGUCCAAGACGACGGUGCCACCACCCACAGCAGUGCCACUCACAGUAGUGAGCAGGAAGACUUCGUGCCCGAUAUGGAGGCUCCAAGCGCUGCCGUCGCAGCCGCUCACAAUGCCAAAAAGGUAGACGAGUUGCGACGCCGGGGUAGCGUUGACGAAAGAACCACCUCCAUGACCAACGUGCGACUAUUCGUGGCGAACCCGGAUCUCAGCGACUAA